CCCCCCAGCCCGCAGCAGGGGGGAGGCGACGGCAAAAGCGAGCAGAAAGGCGGAGACAAAAAGCGAGGAGUGAAGCGCCCGCGGGAAGACCACGGCCGUGGCUACUUUGAGUACAUUGAGGAGAAUUUUUCCCGCAGAGCCAAGUCCCCGCAGCCGCCCGUGGAGGAGGAAGAUGAGCACUUCGAUGACACGGUGGUUUGUCUUGACACUUAUAAUUGUGAUCUGCAUUUUAAAAUAUCAAGAGAUCGCCUCAGUGCUUCUUCCCUUACUAUGGAGAGUUUUGCUUUUCUUUGGGCUGGAGGAAGGGCUUCUUACGGUGUGUCAAAAGGCAAAGUCUGCUUUGAGAUGAAGGUUACAGAGAAGAUCCCAGUAAGGCAUUUAUAUACAAAAGAUAUUGACAUCCAUGAAGUUCGGAUUGGCUGGUCUCUAACCACCAGUGGAAUGCUACUUGGAGAAGAAGAAUUUUCUUAUGGGUAUUCUCUAAAAGGAAUAAAAACAUGCAACUGUGAGACUGAAGAUUAUGGAGAGAAGUUUGAUGAAAAUGAUGUGAUUACAUGUUUUGCUAACUUUGAAAGUGAUGAAGUAGAACUCUCCUAUGCAAAGAAUGGACAAGACCUUGGUGUUGCCUUCAAAAUCAGUAAGGAAAUUCUUGCUGAUCGGCCACUCUUCCCACAUGUUCUCUGCCACAACUGUGCUGUUGAAUUCAAUUUUGGUCAGAAGGAAAAGCCAUAUUUUCCCAUACCUGAAGACUAUACUUUGAUCCAGAACGUCCCCCUGGAGGACCGAGUUAGAGGUCCAAAGGGGCCUGAAGAGAAGAAAGAUUGUGAAGUGGUUAUGAUGAUCGGCUUGCCAGGAGCUGGGAAAACUACCUGGGUUACUAAACAUGCAGCAGAAAAUCCUGGUAAAUACAACAUUCUUGGAACGAAUACCAUAAUGGAUAAAAUGAUGGUAGCAGGCUUUAAGAAGCAAAUGGCUGAUACGGGAAAACUGAACACACUGUUGCAGAGAGCUCCACAGUGUCUUGGAAAGUUUAUUGAGAUUGCUGCUCGUAAGAAGCGAAAUUUUAUUCUGGACCAGACAAAUGUGUCUGCUGCUGCCCAGAGGAGAAAAAUGUGCCUGUUCGCGGGCUUCCAGCGAAAAGCUGUUGUCGUUUGCCCAAAGGAUGAAGACUAUAAGCAGAGGACACAGAAGAAAGCAGAAGUAGAGGGCAAAGACCUACCAGAACAUGCAGUUCUCAAAAUGAAAGGAAACUUUACACUGCCAGAGGUAGCUGAGUGCUUUGAUGAGAUAACCUAUGUGGAACUUCAGAAGGAGGAGGCCCAAAAACUUUUGAAGCAAUAUAAGGAAGAGAGCAAAAAGGCUCUUCACCCCGAAAAGAAACAGAAGAGCAAUAAAAAUAAGAGUGGCAAGAACCAGUUUAACAGAGGUGGUGGCCACAGAGGACGUGGCGGAUUCAAUAUGCGUGGUGGAAAUUUCAGAGGAGGAGCUCCUGGGAAUCGUGGUGGAUAUAAUAGGAGGGGCAACAUGCCACAGAGAGGUGGUGGCGGAGGCGGAAGUGGUGGAAUUGGCUAUCCGUACCCACGUGGCCCUGUUUUUAGCAGCCGAGGUGGCUAUUCAAACAGAGGAGGGAACUACAACAGAGGUGGAAUGCCCAACAGAGGGAACUACAACCAGAACUUCAGAGGACGAGGAAACAAUCGAGGCUAUAAAAAUCAAUCUCAGGGCUACAACCAGUGGCAGCAGGGUCAAUUCUGGGGUCAGAAGCCAUGGAGUCAGCAUUAUCACCAAGGAUAUUAUUGAAUACCCAAAUAAAACGAACUGAUACAUAUUUCUCCAAAACCUUCACAAGAAGUCGACUGUUUUCUUUAGUAGGCUAACUUUUUAAACAUUCCACAAGAGGAAGUGCCUGCGGGUUCCUUUUUUAGAAGCUUUGUGGGUUGAUUUUUUUUCUUUUCUUUUUUGUACAUUUUUAAUUGCAGUUUUAAAGUGAAUCGUAAGAGAACCUCAGCAUUGUGCACGAUAAGAGAAUGUGUCAGUAUUUCAGGGUUCUACAUUUUAUCUGUAAAAUGUGACUUUUUUUUUAUCACAACAAAAGUAAAAUGUUGCUUUGUACCUGGUGUCUUUUAUUAAGAAUUUACUCCCCCCAUUUCUCAGAGAUAACAGUCGGGAGUCAUUGUCACAAUAUAAUAGAAAUGUUAGCAACCAGAUUCAUGGAAGGGCCAAGUGGUCCUCAUGAAUUGCAUAAGACUCUGUACUGCUCAUAUUACACUCCAUCCUCUCUGUAGUUUGCUGAGUAGUGGAGGGGGUAUGCUAAACAGUAGUUUCUGGCAAUAACUGGGAAGGCUUUUUCUUUUAAAUAACAUUGGAAUUGGCAUAAUUGAAUGAAGAUACAACUUGGAACCAAGAUAGAGAAGAUGGAGUGUAUGUAGAAGGGCUGUUAAAAAUGUAAAACGUGUUUGUAUUAUUUGUGGAGGCUCAAACUUGUGAAGGUUAAACACCAUAAUUUUCCAUUUGUUCUGCAUUUUGAUUCUGAAAAGAAAGCUGGCUUUGCCCAUUUCUUAUUAAAAAAACUUGUUGUAAA